CAGGUUACUGAAGAUAAAUGAAGAAUGAGUGAACGGUUUUGACACUUUUGGCUUUCCAGACUGAUAGCGCAGGGCUGUGCGCGUGGGGGCGCGCUGAGCCAUGCAGAUGUGUCGCAGAUUUUAAAAGUCACUGUGCGCACAGAAAGAUCUAGUACUAGGAAAUGGGACGUUGAAAAGCUUUCAAAACUGAAGCCAAAGCAAAACUGCGAAUCAAACAGUAGGAAAGAAGGAGCAGGACACCACCGAUUCCUCUCAUUUCCACUCACUUUAACGAGCAAAGCGCACUUGCAAAUACAUCUACACAGCUCCGGUGUUAUUUAUUCAAAUAUAUUAAAAGCACAAAUAAUCCCAUGGAACUGUCAGCUAUCGGAGAACAAGUGUUUGCUGUGGAAUCGAUCAUAAAGAAAAGAGUGAGGAAGGGAAAUGUGGAAUAUUUACUAAAGUGGAAGGGGUGGCCCCCAAAGUAUAGCACUUGGGAACCUGAGGAGCAUAUCCUGGAUCCCCGGCUUGUUCUAGCAUAUGAGGAGAAAGAGCACAAGGACAGAGCAGCGGGUUGGCGUAAGAGAGGACCUAAACCUAAAAGACUUCUUGUGCAGGGCAUUUACUCAAUGGAUCUCCGCAGUGCACACAAAGCUACAGAGAAGUCUCCAGGACAUCUGCACCUGUCCCUUACACGCCCCCUCGAUCCACAGGAUGGACAUGCAGCACAGAAAUUCUGCUCCAAAGAAAGUGGUGUAUAUCGUCAACUAGUUCAUCACAAGAGAAAGAAGAGAAACCUCAAAGGCCCUUCAGUGGAGGACUGGGAGGAGUUGGAGAAGGAUGACAACUAUGAAGAGGAGGUUGAGACUGACAGGGCCACUCUAAACAGUAAUAUGGAGACUGAGGGUUGGAGUCCAAUAACUGGAUCAGAGGAAAUGACGGUGUCUCCAGUAUGUGAGGAAUGGAGGCCGGUUAUGGGUCCAGAGGAGGUAACUGUGACAGAUGUCACCAUCAAUUCACUGACAGUUACUUUUAGAGAGGCUUUGGUGGCAAAAGGCUUCUUUAGAAGCUGGGAACUGGAGCUGUAAUACAGAACAUGAUAAAAGAUGAAGAUGUCAAAUGAGACAGAAGGAGGGAGAAGUGAGACUUUAUUCAAAUGCACUACAUGUAUUGAGGUUUUACAUAAUUCUUUCUACUGAAUGACUUUUUUUUUUUUUAACAUUUUACGGUAAAUUUAUGAGUAGUAGAGCAAACAUCCUCAACAUGAGAAGUCUUCUCUUCAUGCUAUGUGUAUAUGCCCCGUUGUUGUCAAUGCAGCAGAAGCAAUUUCAAAAUACAGUUUUAUAUUUGAAGCCUGUGAGCUAAUAGCAAAGAUACUGAAACUAUACUUAUAUAGUACUGCUUCUUGAGGGUGUGUUUAUUUGAGUACAUGUAAAAGUUCUCCUUAGCUGUACAUAGCCUAAUUUGUAACUUGCAGUCAGUAAAUAAAAAUCAGACAUCAGCAAAGAAAGGGCACUUGUGUGCACACUUUUAUUAGUUUAAACAAAAAUAAUUACAAUACAAAUUUUGGUUUAGAGUUCUCCAGAUAACAAUUUUUAGGAAACUGGAAAAUUGUUGUUAAUAUGAAAUGAUUAGUAUUAACAGGGCUGAUAUCGCAGCAACAGGACAUAACUGUUGGGGAAUUGGGGACCUCUCUGACAGAAAUGUGUCAUUGCAAAUAGUCAUGAAAAAAUGUUAUAACUUCAGUUGUGCUGUGCACCCCCUUCUCUUAAUCACUGUGCAUGACAAGCCAAUGCACAUUUAUUUAGUAUUUAAGUAUUCAAAACUUUAAAUGCCUUUGGAGGAUGCAGUUAUCUGUUGUCCCUCUCUUAAUCUCCUCAGUAUUACAAAAGUGUUAUUAUGAUACAUACAUUUUCUAACAAUUUACUUUCACUCAACAUUUUACAAUGGAAAAAAUAAGAGCAGAAACAAAAAAUAGGUGAGAAGUGGCAGCACAGGUGAACUCUGCUGGCAGCACAGCAUGCUCUCUGAUAGAACUGAAAGUGAAAAAAAUAUUAACAGUAUGGUCAGUGGAUUUCCCUAAAUGCUGGAGCUCGACUUGCAACCACUUAUAGCUGACAGCACCAUGCUGUACUGUCACCGGCCACCCCUGUACCAGCACACCACACAGCCCACCACAUCACCCGUCUACCACAAAGGCCACAAAUGCCCAAAUCCUAUGCAGCAGAGCCACAGAGCUGCAUAGCGUCAGCACACAAUUGCAGACCAGUGGAACAUAUAUAACUUUGAAUCCAAAUCAAAAUACAUACGCCAAAACUAAUGGGUACAACAUGGGUAAGUUGGUUAAUAGUAAGUAAGUAAGUAAGUAAGUUUUAUUUAUAAAGCACAUUUAAAUUCAGCAUUACACUGACCAAAGUGCUGAACAAAACCAACACAACAAAUUCUAAAAUAGAAUAAAACAACAACAACAACAACAACAAAAAUAAUAAAGCAAUAAUAUCAACAAUGACAACAGUACACAGUAAAUUAUAAGCCCGGAAAAGCAAGAGAAUAAAAAUGUGUCUUAAAUCUAGACUUAAAAAUAGAAAGAGAAGAGGCACUCCUAAUGUCAGGCGGCAACUGAUUCCACAGACGUGGAGCAGCGACUGCAAAGGCUCUGUCCCCUUUUGAUUUAAGUCGAGACCGAGGCACAUGUAAUAGAGCUUUAUUAGCCGACCUGGGAGACCUGGGCAUUGAAUGCAAAUGAAUAAGAUCAGAAACAUAAGAUGGGGCUUGUCCAUUAAGAGCUUUGAAAACAAUAAGUAAAAUCUUAAAAAAUACAGGAAGCCAAUGAAGGGACGCUAAAACUGGUGAAAUAGAUUCGCGUUUUUUGGUGCCAGUUAACAGUCUAGCCGCCGCAUUCUGAACCAUCUGCAGCUGUGCCAAAGACGUUUGAGGAAGACCAAUGUAUAACGAAUUACAAUAAUCCAGGCGUGAUGUGAUAAAAGCAUGAAUAACUUUUUCCAGAUCAUGAAAGGAAAGUGACGAUUUAAGUCUGGAGAUGAUUCUCAGCUGAUAAUAACUGUUUUUAACAACUGAGCUAAUUUGUUUUUCAAAACAAGCUCAGAGUCAAAGAUAACACCUAGAUUUUUUGCAUGAGACUUAAUAUAUGGAGAGGCUGCAGAGAAUCUCGAGAUUUUAAAGGAAGAUACAGCUGAGAAUCAUCUACAUAAAAGUGAAAAGAGAUUUUAUAUUUCCUUAUGAUAUUACCAAGUGGAAGCAUAUACAAAUUAAAGAGCAAUGGCCCCAAAAUGGACCCUUGAGGGACUCCAUAAAGAAGAGAGGCAGAUGAUGAGAUAAACUGGCCCACAGACACUGAAAAUGACCUGGAAUUGAGAUAAGACUCAAACCAGCGAAGUGCUAUACCCUUUAUGCCCACCCAAUGUUCAAGGCGAGACAAAAGGAUAUUAUGAUCUACUGUAUCAAAAGCGGCGCUCAGAUCCAGUAAAACCAAAACUGCAUUAUCAGUUAGCGACAGUAACAAAUCAUUCAACACUUUUAACAAAGCUGUUUCAGUGCUGUGGUGGGUAGUAAAACCUGAUUGAAAAGAUUCAAGUAUAUGGUUGGAAUUUAAGAAUGGAUGUAACUGUGACAGAACAACUCUUUCCAGAACUUUUGAAAGAAAUGGGAGUUUUGAAAUAGGACGAUAGUUAUUCAAGCAAUUAAUAUCGGCAUUGGGUUUUUUGAGCAAUGGCUGGACAACUGCAUGCUUCAAAAACGCAGGGACAAUGCCAGAAACUAAACAAGAGUUAAUAAUUACUUGAAUACUAGAACCGAUUGUAUCAAAAGCCCCUUUAAGAAGGUCAGAGGGAAGAGCAUUAUAAGGCGAAGUUGAAGAUUUCGUCUGCAUCACUAAGUCCCUUAACUCAGAGAGAGACACCGGCUGAAAACUACACAAGGUGGCUGUAGAAACUGAACAGUCAACCAAGAAACUAGAACAAAGAGGAUCAAUUGAGGGUCGAAUACCAGCAAUCUUUUCAAUAAAAAAUCUCAAAAUUAUCUGGUGAUUGUUCUACUUCAUACGAGCAGCGGGGAUUAAUUAUUGAGUUUAUAGUGCUAAAUAAAAUUUUAGGGGUAUGAGAGUAAUAAUUAGCAAACAAUUAGAACAACUUAAUUGUUCAGUGAGGAUUAAAUUCACUGUAAUAUUCAAGGCUGUUGCCACCUCAGAAAGCUGGUAACUUUGUUUUAUAUCAAGCCCUACUGCUCUCCCUUUUUGAUUUCCGUCUUUCAAGAGUUUUUUUUUUUUUUUGGCUUGACCACAAAUGUUAACUUCUUUACCCUUAUAAUGCCUCUGAUUCAACUCUGACUUCACAGCUCUGUUAUUAGUAGUAGCUUCCUUCACACAUAAGGUUGUGGUGUGAUAAUCUAAGACCUUCGAGUCCAGAACUCAUGCCAAAUCUGACCAACCAUUGUUUGGCAAAACAAGUUAUGUACUACAGCUUUGAACAAAAUAGAUGCCCAACAAAUUAUUACUUAAGUAGUGAAGUAGUUCAUUAAAGGUUUUGAUCCCGUGUUAUUCAAGUAAAAUUAGUCAGUUAAAAUGUUUUAAAAAUAAGAUUCUUUUUUUUUUUUUUUUUGGUAAUACAUGAGUACAGUACUGUUGUACGUGUACCACUGGCAGUUAUGGAAGAAAUUGUCAUUUAUUAAACUUUGGGUCAUGCAACAGUUCCACAAAUUUAUUCCACUUCAGAGUUUACUCUACUACAUUUGACCUAGAUGUCCAUAAGUGUGUGUUCAUGUUUUUCCUGUGUUUUUCCUUUUUUGUUUUUCUUUUUUCUAUUACUUCUUCUUUUUUUAAUGGGAGGCCUUGAAAUGCUCUCAUGUUCAACUAUGUAGU